UGCAUUGUCUGGAUUGAUUCUCUUUCUCACAUUUUCCCAUUUUCUUAUUUAAAUGGCCAUGUUUCUUCUCAAUGUGAAUUGAAUGUUUUUAGAUUCUGACGAGGGAACUCUCAAGUGUGCCACAUUCUCAGUCUGACAUGAUGGCUAGUAUGGUAUCUAGCAAGGGAGCAAAUGUUCCACUUCUUGCACGUGUAAAUCUCAAAUUGGGAACAUGGCAGUGGGCACUUUCUCCCGGAUUGAAUGAUGGGUCUAUUCAAGAAAUUCUUGAUGCCUUUAGCAAAUCUACCAUCUAUGCUCCUAAAUGGGCUAAGGCAUGGCACACAUGGGGGUUAUUCAAUACGGCAGUGAUGUCUCAUUACAUAUCAAAAGGUCAAAUUGCUUCUCAGUUUGUUGCUGCUGCAGUCACUGGAUGAUACUUCCAUUCUAUAGCAUGUGCAGCGAAUGCCAAAGGAGUUGAUGAUAGUUUACAGGUUAAGUGUGCAUACUUUC